CUAAAAAAGGGAAAAAAUAUUUUCCAUUUCCUAUAUCUUAAUUAUAAAAAUGUUUCGUCAAAUUUACAUGACAUCUUCCUAUGUAUCGUAAGUUCAAUCUUACGAAAGUAGUAAAUGGAGAGCUGUCAAAUGCAGCGUAACGCAAUCAUCGCAUCUCGAAGAUGGACAGAUUGCGAUUGUUGCCAUUGGAAUUACCAUCAGCCACUAAUAUAAACAAUAAUGGAAUAGUUAAAGGAAAAGUAUCAUUUGUUCGACGAUUAGCAAUAGGAUUUGUUAUUUUGGCUACGUUAGGCUUGUUAUAUGUACCAGCAUAUCAUUCUGCCCAAAGCCCAUUCUUAGGCUUAGGUGAGACUCCAUCCCCUGCAGAAUUUAUUGGUGAUACACACUUGGUAGUCUCUCUGGCACAGUUACCAGGAUGGUCAUAUAAUACUUCAAGAGAUUUAUGUACAUAUAUUCAUCCAGAGAAUACCACUUCAGUUUUGGAUCCCAUUGGUAUUUGUUCACCAUCGCCCUAUCUGUUAAUAGUUAUUUGUUCAGCUGUUGCGAAUUUCAAAGCCAGGGCAGCUAUAAGAGAUACAUGGGCUAAUAAGAGUAAUCUAGAUAAUAUAUAUAAUUCAACAGUCAAGAUAGCAUUUCUUUUGGGACAAAGUGACAACGAUACACUCAAUAAUAUAGUAGCUGAAGAAAGUCAUCAAUACAAUGAUAUUAUUCAAGAAAAAUUUCAUGAUACAUAUAAUAACUUAACGUUAAAGUCUGUUAUGAUAUUAAAAUGGGUAACAUCCAGUUGUAGACAAGCUAAAUACCUUAUGAAAACUGAUGAUGACAUGUUUGUAAAUAUUCCUAUAUUAAUGAAAACAUUACAAUCAACAUCACAAUCUACUGACACAUUAUUAGGAUCUCUUAUUUGCAAUGCUAAACCUAUUCUAGAUCCAAAUAAUAAAUGGUACACACCAAAGUAUAUGUAUUCAGAAAAAAUUUAUCCCAAUUAUUUAUCAGGUACAGGAUAUGUAAUGAGCCUAGAUGUGGCAUUUAAAUUAUAUAAAACAGCAUUAACAACACCACUGCUUCAUCUGGAAGAUGUUUACAUCACAGGUGUUUGCGCGAAACGUGCGAAAGUACGGCCUGUAAAUCAUCCUGGUUUCAGUUAUGUACCAAGGAAAUUAGAUCCUUGCAUAUUAAAAACUGUUAUCACAACACACAAAGUAAAUGUAUCUAAUAUGCAUGGAAUAUGGAACAAAUUGCAUAAUACAAACCUUUCUUGUGGUAACCAUGCACCCACUGAUAAAAAAUCAGUUACAUUAAGUAGAAAUGGUAGGAAUAUUGGAUAUUAUAUAGUGAAAAGAAGAAAUACCAACAAAUGUGUUUGA